GUCACUUUCGGGUCUACCUCGUACAACAGGUGUGGAAUUUUUCCGUGGAGUAAUCGCUUUCUGUCAAGAGGCUCCGUGCCCCAUGUAUCGCUUCAACGCCUCGCUCGGAUAGUGUCAGCGAGAAGAUAUCGGAUCUCUCGAAGUUAGUCUCUACAGUUGUUGCGGUAAAAAGCUGCCUGAGGGGAGCAUGGACCUUCAGCAGCUAGUUCCGCUCCCUAUCGAGAGCGAGGCCCUCGAAGAGCUCGCGGAACAUGCGAAAGGCUUCGCGUUCGCUCGUGGCAUGGUGAUGAGGAGUCGAAGCGAUAUCAUACCGUAUACUCAUGCGGUGACUUUUAUCCCGUUCGCUCUCCUGCCGUCACCGUUCCCGGAGGAACAAUUCAACUUGGCCUAUCAAUUACAAAAAGAUGUAAAUACGGUGUAUUAUCGAGCCACGAACGACUACGAUUUCUUGAGGGAGAGUCUCCAGCACACUAUCGAUAAGGACGAGUUCACGCGGCGGCUAUGGCACAUGUAUGAACGCACCAGAGAGACUCAGAAAGACGUACCGUCGCUGGCGAUCAUCCGUUCAGACUACAUGGUCGGACGUGAUGGUGCCGCGAAACAAGUAGAAGUCAAUACGAUUUCCGCUGCGUUCGGCGGAGUCUCUGUUGUCACACGAGAGUUACAUAAAUACGUAGCGGAUAAAUUGGGGAGGAAUAGAUGCCCGCCGGAGAACAAUGCGACCAACCUCGCGCGCGCCCUGGCCAAAGCCUGGAGAACUUAUGUCGAGAUGCACAACACCACAGACGCGGUCCUUUGCUUCGCGAUUGAGGACCGAGUCUUCAAUCCCUUCGAUCAGAGACAGCUCGAGCUUCUCCUCGUCGAGAAAUUCGACGUCCCUGCUCAUCGGGUGGUUUAUAGGAAAAACAUAGACUUCGAGAGCGCUCGGAUCAUGGAAAACGGGGCUCUCGUCGUGAAGGACCAAGAAGUCGCGGUUCUCUACAUGAGGACCUGGUAUGACCCUGCCCAACUGCCAACGGAGCGCAGUUGGGCUGCUCGAGAGACUGUCGAACGUUCCCGGUGUAUAAAGGGUCCGAACUUGGCCUGGCAUCUAGUCGGCUGCAAGAAAAUCCAACAAGAACUGGCUCGUCCCGGGAGUCUCGAAAGAUACUGCGACGAUAAGGCUCAGGCUCGUCGGAUUCGCAAGGUUUUCACCGGACUUUUCGCUCUCGAAGAGCCGGAAAUCCUCGAGAUGGUGAUGAAGUCCCCAGAACAAUAUGUGAUAAAGCCCCAGCGUGAAGGAGGAGGGAACAAUAUCUAUGGGAAAGAUAUCACUCGAUUCCUCGAGAGUUUACCGGAGGAUCAUCGCAAGGAAUACAUAGCCAUGGAGAUGAUCGACGCUUUUUCUUCGAAGAAUUAUCUCGUCAAUGGAGAAAGAGUCCAUCUGACGGAUGUCAUGAACGAAUUGGGAGUGUUUGGGUGCAUCCUGGCUUCGGCGCGAGAAAUUUAUUUCAAUGAGAUGGACUGCGGAUGGAUAUUGAGAACCAAAGACAAACAUUGCAAGGAGGGAGGUAUAGCGGCCGGUUUUGGUCACCUUGACAGUCCGUACCUCUCGUGA